GGCGGGGCGGGAGCCGCAGCGGGAGCCGGGGCUGCGGAGGUUGCGGGGGCCAGGGGCGCGGCCGCUCAGCAACGCCGGCAGGAUGAGUAAACAUAAACCAGUUCCCAAGCUCUCCACUCAGUCUCCUGUCCAUCAUGCCAGCUUGAGGACCCAACCCUCAGACAGAUCCUUCAAGAAAGAAGACGUAAGUCAGAUUUCAAAAGACUCCUUAGAAUCAGAUUCAGAAAGCCUCCCUCAAGAGGUUAGGUCCCAGUCGGAGGUUGAGGACAAAAACAUGGAGCCUGACAGCUUAGACGAGGAAAGCCUCAGUGAGACCGAAGAGGAAGUGAACAGAAAAGUAGCCCACGGCGCCAGCAAGGAAGACCUGGGAGCCGGAGGUGGUGUGAACCACAGCCGGCAUGAUGUAGAAGACCAAUAUUCAGAUCUCCGAUAUGAUCCCAAUUGGAAGAAUAAGAAAGCAGAAGUGCAGCCAUUGGUUGUGGAAGCCUUGCCGGGGUCUGCGGAUAGCUCUGCAGAAAGCUUGCUUCUGGCUCCGCUCUACCCUUCCAGGGAGCCGUCAAUGGGACUCUCGGCAGGCAAAGGCAAAGAGAAGCCAAGUCCUCAGAGCGAAGCCUCCUUACUUGGAAGCGAGUUCCUAAGCCCAAACUAUGAGUGUGGCACCCGUCAAAAUGAGUCCUUUUCAGAUCUAAGUGAUAGUGACCAGGAGAAGUCAAGCAACCUCUCUCAGUACCUGAAGAGCUCAAGUUCACACAAUGAAGUUUUCCUGCCGGGAUCACGGGGGCCCCGGAGAAGGAAGGCCAAACAAUAUUUUGUGGAAAAAAACAAGCUGACUUUGGGAUUGCCGGCUCCUAAACUAGACUCUUACCUUCAACUUCACAAUAAAAAAAGAGGAGAGACCCGCCUCGAACAGGAUCAAUCGAUGCUUUCAGUAUCCUGUUCUAAUAAUGGCCCUAAAGUCGAAUCUCCUGACCAGAUCUCCUACCCCAUCAGAGGUACUGGCAAGAUGGCUAUCCAGAAUGAGAAAGAAGUCAAAAACACUUCUGUGGACCCUAAGGACAAAUGGCAUCAGAGAGCGAAACAACUCAAGAAUUACCAAGAACAUUUGUCUCAAUAUGAAGGUACAAAAGCAGGCAAUGUCCCAAGAGGUCAGUCUUCUGACACAGCCAAUGGGCAACAACCUUCCAGAAGAACAGGAAAGACCAGGGUUCGGAAACAGAAGAAACGCCAGAAAGAGCCUGUUCUCAAUCAAAAAAAUCAGAAUUACCCUCUCCAACAACCACAAAACCAAAGACAGCCUAUGGAUGCCUCAGCAAAACAUGGACUGGCCACAUAUAUGAACUCUUCUAACACCGACUUACAGGAUGCCAGAACACUCACCCACAAUCCCCAAGUCCCUUCCGACACAUUUGUUCCUCCCAACCAGGGUUUUAACAGAGUAUUGUAUAAAAACUCUGUCUUGGGGCUGAACACUAACAAAAAAAGAGGACAGAGACAUGAAGAAGAGAAACAAUUUUUGUAUAGGCAGCUGCCCAACUACGUGCUCUCUGAUAUGGAACUACAAGAGUUUAAUGAACUUUCUCACAGACAAAUGUCCCAGGGACAGAAAGGCCCUCAGUCUGAUUAUGACAUGAAUAUAUACAGGUCAACAAAGAUCAAGAAGCCAUCCAAACAGCCACAGGCAGAGACAAAAUACAAGAACAUAGAGAUGCUAUGGAAAUUCCACUCUUCCUCAGAGGCAGAACGCGUCAGUGCCUCUCCGGACUCCCGGCUUGCCCAGAUCAUGGAGCAGCACCAGCAAGCCCUGGUGCAGCUGGCGGAAGUGCAGCCCAGCGAGGGCUCCUUGUCCAGCACCACACUCCCACCUAUCCUGUCCAGGGUGGAAAGUGAAUCCCAGCUCGAUUCAGAGAGAAACCACAGACAGCAGAUGAAGAUGGCCCGCAGUAAUUCGGAAGGCUACCUGCUUCAGCUGGAAAGAGGGAGGAAACACCGGAAGCGCAGCACAAAGAGUUCCAAGCUGAAAGGUUAUCAGAAAAGAGACGUGAAGCUUGGAGGCCUGGGACCUGACUUGGAGUCCAUGAGAGACAACAUGAAAAAGUUAGUGCAGCAAAAAGAAUACGCAAGGCAAGUCCAGGAAUACAACAUGAAGACACUGUCCGUGCUGUCCAAACCAGAGACAGCAAAAACUGAAAGCAAACCAGUGAUUUCUCGACAUAAGGCUUUGGAAUAUGCUAAGACCAUCCCCAAACCCAAACCACCAAGUCUGACUGAUCAUGUAGCAAAGAAAACUAAGAACACGAGGAACCAUGAAAAAGAAGGAAGCUUACCAGAAAUCUCCUUGCUGGAGGUCCUGCAGAGCAGGCAUGAGCGAGAAAAGCAGGCCGUAGCUGCCUUCAAAGUCCUUCACAUCGUCUAGGUAGCAUUAGGUGGGGAUCAACACUGCUAUGACAGGGACACAGAGAAGACGAACAACUGAACAAUCCCAUCUACUCUGAGUGGUAACCUGGCACUGUCACCUGCCUCCUGCUCUUGUCUGCUCUGUGUAGAAGUUAGCAUGGGGCCCAGACACUGGGACAUAUUUCACCUUCUGGAUAUAAAAAUACAUAUCACUUAUUUUCAAAUCUGCUGGAAUUUGGACUGAUAGAGAGCAAGACAAUAAAGCCAUUGGUUUAUAUUGGA